UUUUUGUCUUCCCUGUCGACCAUUCGUUCGAAAGAACUCUCCUACUCAAACGAACCCACCAUGUUCUAACCUUACAACACCUUCCCACCCUAACGAGCGCUCCGUCAAUAAACAAACCGGCCGUUGUGCUAUCCAUCUCCGACUCCUGAACCACCUCUCCCCAGCUUUGCGCGAUCCGCCACCAUCGCCACGCAGAUGGAGGAAGGAACCAUCUCCGGAUUGCCCUCCGAACUACCACCUCUCCCCUACUCGUUGCAUACUCGGAAGAAGGCUAUCGCGAUCUUUUGGACAAUCUUCGUCAUUGAUACGUUGGGUCAGCCGGUGAUCUUGUACUGGACAUUAUGGUACUGCACCGAUCUUUCGCAUAAUUUGGUCUUUUCCAUCGUCACCGCUUGUUUGGGCGGUGUCUCCGUCUUUGAAUACUUCUACCGAUUGUACCACUUACGUCGCAAGAGUUCGCGCGCCCGGCCAUUGAAUGCUAAGGCAUCAUGGCUGGACUUCUUCCACAUCAACUUUACCAUUGUCUGGCUCAUUCUGGCCGUUGAGCUUAUCGUUGGAACCGUACCUACCGAACCAUAUGUGCGCCUUGUCGCUAUGGUUCUCCCGACCGUCAUGUUCUAUUUCGGCUUCGUCCACCUUACCCUCGAUGUCCUCCGCAUGAUGGGUUACAAAGCACCCUUCCGAAUCUCCUCCACCCCGAAAGGUUCCGUUAUGCCGACUGCACUAUACGCGCUGAUUGAGGAUGUGGUGGCUGUUGAUGGAGGUGGAGGUCAAAUGUAUCGAUAUGCGCUCCGGACCCGAUACCUAUCAAGUCCAUACUUCCGAAAGAUGCUGUUUGAAAUGAAUUGCUUCUGGAGCGGCGGAUCUAUCAUCUUCGCCGCAGUCUUUACCGCAAUUAUCUUCACCGUGUCGGAGCCCGUUGCAUUCACACUGGGCUGGACUUUGCCAUUUGCUUGGGCAGGUGUAUGGACAUUGAUCACCAUCCCCUGGGUUCAAAGCGACCUACGUCGUGAAAAACAAGCUUGGGCCGAGAAUCGCGGACAGGGCGGCAUUCGUUACGUUGACGACAUUGCCGCGCCUACUGCACGCACCCGCUUCGCUUCAGUCCAAGAAGCUCUACCCAACCUCCUCCCUUGGGUUCGAGAGAAACAGGCCCUUCCGUCCGCGCCGUUCGCCGAGGGUGCCGUAGGAACUGGCCAUAAAGCUGAAAGUGUGCCAGAUAGCACCCCGGCCGUCUCGGAGGGCAACUCACCUGGCCCUGCAAGUACCACACUCGACGCGGGAGACGAGACAACUCGCCACUCCAAAGAGAUACAUGAUGGCGCUGCACCGGAGCCGGUCAGCACUUCAGCUGUGGACGAAAAGAACUGAUUUCGACCACGUUUUGUACCAUUUUUCAUGACUUUACGAUACCGAUUUUUGACCUGGUUGACGCGUGCAUAACCAUUUUUGAGUUGAAAGAGCUUUUUGCACUCUGGAUUACAUACGAAAACGAAGAUGAAGAUAUCUUGGGUACUUGGGCGAGCGUCACAGAUGGGUGAUUUGGCAUUGCGGCAUGGUUUUCGGUUCAUCUCAAUUAGUCGGCUCGGCAGUUCUUUGCUGUGAAUAGAUACCCUGAACUUCAAGUAAAAUAUGG